UUCUAGAUUCAGUUACAGUUUCAGUUUCAACUCAGCCAGCUGUUGCAGCAUCCAAGCAUUUGAUUGAUCAUGUUGUCCACCCGCCUAAGUUUCCUGUUCCUUAGCUGCCUAACUCUGGCACACGCCCAGUUCUUCUAUCAUCAGGCUCUUAGCUUGUCCUCGUCGAAGCCUUCGUAUGUGCCGGAAUCCCAAUAUGUAGGAUAUGCCACAGCCGAUGCGCAUCCUUCAGUCGUCCAGAAUGCCCAAUGGGAAUCCGAAUUGCCCGCAGAACUUUCUAAGAGCGCACGCUUCUACAACGAUCCCGUGAUUGCAGCCAAUUUGGCCAAGGAAUCGCUCUUGACGCGCAAAGAGAUGGCCGUAGUGCACCGCGAGGCCGAAAGGAUUCCACGCGACCAGGUCUACAAGAUCUUUAAGAACGCGGGCUUUCUGAGUCGUCGAUAGAACCGAAGAUCCGCAGAUAUCUUUCA